AUAUUAGUUUAUAUGCCAAAAAUCUGUUAUUAAGUAGAAUGAUUUGCAAGUUAGUGUGGGGAUUGAGUUAUUGCUUAUUAAAUGAUCAAGUAAAUAUAAAGUUCGCGAGUUAACGUAGUUCGGACAUUGUCAGUGAUAUAGCAAUUAUGCAUUUUCUGUAGUGUAACCGUUUAAUUUACAAGUUACAUUACAAAAUUUAAAUUAUCUAUUUUGUUUGUUUAGCGAUCUUUGCAGUUGUAACCUAAGUCCAAACAAAAACUGUCUUAGGCCCACAAAUAAUAUUACUUUUGUUUGUUUUUAACUAAAAUGAAAAGUUAUGUAAACUUAAUUUAUUUUGAAGAAUUUGGGGAUUUUGAGUAUUAGUAUUACUAUUAAGCCUCGAGCCUUCAGUCUUCGGGGAACUUGCUAAUGCUGUCGUUGGACUAGAUAACUACAAGAGGCUCACUUUCACUAAAAUGUGCUACAAGUGGUGUUAAACCACCAACAUAGGAAAUUGACAUUGAACUUGUUUAAUAUAAAAAGACUCGCUUUAUUGCACACUACCUGUAAUACUGAGUCAUGAAAGCCACGUUGGCUCAGCUGUGCUUUAGAGGAAUUGUGCUCUUCACUACAGGAGUGUUUUUCACCCUAAUAUUGAGCCUGUUGCAAAUUCAACGAAACCUGCCACUGCUGAAACUUCCUAUUACAUUUAGUGUUUUAUAUUCCCCAUGGUGGGUUCCAGCUAUUUCUGGAACAGCAUCAGCCAUUGUGGGCUUGUUGUAUCCUUGCCUAGACCAAAAGCUAGGAGAACACCAAUUUUAUGAACAAGAAUGGUCAAAUGUGAUACGAUGUGUUGGUGUUUUUAUUGGCAUUAACCAUGCCAUUGCCAAGAUCAAUUUCACUAGCAACCUCCAACUAUCACUAUCACUUACAGUUCUGUCUAUUGGACUUUGGUGGUGGUUUGAUCGAACCACGAGUGGGUUGGGACUAGGUGUGAGCAUUGCUGUGAUUGCAACAUUUAUAACACAGAUGUUAGUCUAUCAUGGUGUGUGCAACUACACAGAGCAUGACUUUCUCUACAUCCGAGCCUGGCUCCCAUGUGUACUUUUUUGUGGUGGUAUUACAGUAGGAAACAUUGGACGACAGUUAGCAGUGGAUGACUUUAUAGAUUCUGAGAGGAAAAGACAUCGAGAAUGAUAUUAUACAUCAAAUAGUUUUGGAUACUUUUAUGGUUUUCAGAAGAUCAAGAUUAAAUGACAAAACAAAAGUUUGAUACCAAGAAAUCAGGUGAAUGGGGAUAAUGUAAGAGGAUGAAUAUCAGUAACUUCAGUCAUAUUAAUGGUUGAACUUUAUGACUUUGGAGAAGUUAAAUUGAUGAAUUGUUAUGUGUAAGUAUUUGAUUAAUAAAACUUGAAUCUUUCAUCAGAUCUUAUCAUCUUAUGUGUAAAAAGAAAAAAAAGUGCCUGAUAAUGUUGGCUGUAGUAGUAAGAGUGCAAUAGGCCUUCUUUCAUUAAUUUGUUUUUUUUUUCAAACUAACUUCUCUUUGAAAGAGCCAUUUUUCAUGCAAAAAUUAUAAUCUUAAAGAUAACACCAGAUAAUAAUCACUGUAAAGAUAAGAAAAUAUUUAAGUUUAUCAGCUUGUUUUGUUUUUCAUGCAUAAAUAAGUCGUGUAUUACAGGAAUUUGGCUGUGUUGAUCACAUGCAAUUUGGAUGCCAGGCACAAGUCUAAACAUUGUAAUUGGUCAUUCAAAAAUCAUGAUUGAUGUAGUAGCUUUCAUUUUUCUGAUCUUGUGUGCUUUCACCUGCAUAUAAAAAUCAGACUAUGAAAGUUUUGUAAAUGACAAUCUAGAUUGUGACCAUAAGACAGUUUCUGCAUAAAUAAAUUAAUUCACAAUGAUCAAAACAUUACAGGUAAUUUUUUGUUGGGCACACAAGACUUGUUGUUCAAUAUGAUUCCAAAAGUGGAUUGUGUAAUUGUGUUAUCAGCUUUUUACCCCUGUAAAAUUUCAAGGAAGGUGCAUAUUGUAUAUCUGUGUGGGUUGUUGCAAGGCAUAUAUAAGCAAAGCCUCAUCAAAAUUGGUUGAAAUAUAAAAGAAUGGCAGCCCAAAAAAUCUAAUUCUAUGAAAUAAUUUUACCAUUUACCUCUAUAAAACUUCGACGAAGGCAAAAAUCUCAUAUUUAUCCACUUGAGAGUGUGUGAGUUGUUAGGUAUCUUUGUGCUAAGUUCUAGCUGCGGAAUAGUUAAAAUAUAAAGAAAUUGCAGCCCGAAAACCCUAUUUUUCAUUGAAUGUCUUUUACUUUUGACUCAUUUAAAAUAAAAAGGCACAACUCCCAAUUCUGUCUGCUUUAAUCUGUUGGGGCCGACAGAAGGUAUCUUUUUGCUAAUUCCAUUUGGACUGAUGGAAUUAUAAGGGAAAUGCAGGCCAAAAUAAGAGUUUUGUGAUGUUUAUCCUUUGAAUCCCUAAAAUCAGAAGGGGAGGGGGUUGAAUCUACAAAGUGAGAGAGAGUUUUGGGGAACAUUACACAAAAGUAUAUGACCUCUACAUUUCCAGAUAGUUAACCCAGAAAUAAAGGAAUAAGGCAAAAUUAUUGAAGAAGAAAGAAGCCGAAAAAAUGCAACAUGUCUCCUUCCCUAUGGGAGAGAGAUGUAAUUACCAAACUGGAAAGCUUCCAUAAGAUUGUAAUUUUAUUCUUAGAUGAAUCAGAAUUAUUAAAGACUUAAAAUUUGUAAAUAUAUAAAGUAAAAAGUUUUGUUUUAUGUCUCUGCAUGAAAAGAAUGUUAGUUUUCCUGACAAAUGUUGUUUUGAAAGAAAUGCAAUCCAGUAGUUGUUUCAUAUGUAAUGUUAAUUGUGUAUGGGUUUUUGCACCAGUACAGCUUAAAAAAUGUGCAUACUCUAAAGAAAUGCCAAAAAAUACAUAAUAAUUGUACAUAAUAAGAUAUUGCAAGUUUUCUUAAAACCUGAAAGAUAAUCGGCUCACAAGCCUCUAUGAAUUGAUGUAUUUAAUGCAUGUGAUUUUGCUAGUUUAAACUAAGUUGUUAUAUUUUAUGACAGCAGUUUACUAAUUGUGAAGAGGUAUGGCUAAUGAUGAGGCAGGUUUCUUUAUGUUGUUUCUGCACAACAGUUUUGUGGUACAUGUUGUAAUGUAUAUGAUGGAACGAUGUUUAUAACAAAUGAUCAAUGAAAAGUUUAUACUAAAAGAAAAAAUAAAAAGAUCAGUUAAUAUUACGAUAUUCUUAAAUUUGAGGUGUAAGGUAUUGAGUUUGGAAAGACUUGAUAUGAAAGUUCAUUAUUGGUGGUCAAAUUUGGAGACCAAGAAUGAGUUUUAUGAUAAUAAUAAUAAUAAUAUCUUUAUGUGAAGAAGUGCAUUGUACAUUUUGUUUUAUCCAGUGAAAGUAUAUAUGCAACAUUUAUGUUGUGUAGGUAAGAUCAUAAAAAAUAAUAUAAGCAGCAAAUACUUAAUUUGCUAGAGAAGCUUACAUGUAUCUUAUCCUGUGUAUUAUUGAAAGCUAGUUGUUGAUGGUUAGGUUACAUGUAUCAAACCUUGUGUAUUUGUGAGGAGGUUUGAAGUUUUCUGUGUGAUCCUUCAUGUACAUAUGGUAGUGUAUUUUCAAAUAUACACGUUUUAUUCUAAAAUAAAAAUUGGCAUAUCACUUGUACCUUGGUGAUGUGAAAAUAUUCCAUGUAGAGCAUCUCAUAUUAUCUUCUUAUGGUUAGUAUAGUUAGUGUACAAUAUUUUUUUACACUGUACCUCAGAUAAAGUUAAAGUAGUCUUUGAUGCAAGUCUUACAGCCAGAUGAAUUAUCUAAUGAUUGGUUAAAAGAUGUGAAUUUUGGUUUCGAAAGUUUCACUUGCAAAGUGAUACAAAUUAAAGAAGAGUGAUAUUAUAUUUUAUAUUUAUUCAGUUUGUAGCCAAGUUUAAUCAUGCUGACUUCCAUGUUUAAGAUUUUUAAAUAUUUUAACUUAUUUCUCAACUUUGAUCAUUAUAAUUCUUAAUAAUACUUGUUUCUCCUUAAAAACCUGUAAAAAUAUAUGAUAACCAAAUAUCAUAUACUGUAAAACCCCCUUGCAGGAUAAUUUGAAGAGCAGCUGAAAUGUGACCUGAAAAUGUUUAGGAGAUAAUUUUUUUAACAAGUCUAUCAUAAUAAACUACAACAGGAAAUGUAUUGAUAAGAAAAACAUUUGAAGUACAUUUAGACUAGCUGCUGAAAUAUGAGAGGGUAGACAGUGCAUUAUAGGCUUUAUUUAUUGUCUAAACAAAUGGAUAAUUCAUCAAAGUUUGUGAUUAACAUUAAUAACCAUCACAGACUAAAGUGGUAAAAAAUGCUAAAUAUGUUUCAAGAAUGGAAGUUUGUGUACUAGAAUUGUAACAACCUUACAUUAUGUUUUUAUUUAUUUUAUAAUAUGGUUAUUUUUUUGUAGGACAGGUGUGACUUUCAGUUUUGUUGAAGGAAAUGGAUAAAAAGCAUUAAAUUAAUUUAAAGUUCUAUUUAUGUCAGUGUUAAAAGAGAGCUUCUAACCUAAGUUAUUUUUGAGGGGCAAAUCAUCUUGAUAAGAAAGACGAAUUCAGUGUAAGUACUGGAUUUAUCAGUCUUUAUUAUAUACACACACACACACACACACACACAAGUUUUUAUUUUUCUGGAAUAAUUAAGUUAUAUUUUGCUGUCUGAAAACUUUUUUAUACAGUAUUAAGUUAUUAUACUUAAUUUUGUCACACCAUUUGAUCAUUAAUCAAGAGAAGUUGCAUUAGAUUUUAUAAUUGUAUAUAAAAAGGAUCUAAAAAGAUGUAUCUACAUGUGUUUUAUAACAUGGUUCUCUUCAAGUUUACUUCUUUUGGAAUGGUUUCUGUAUAUUUAUUUAUGGUAAAGGAUUUAUUGAAUGAAGUGAAACAUGGGAUGUUAGGUUAAUUUUAUAAUGUUUUUUUUUUCAAUGUGCAAAUAACUGCAGUGUUUUAUUAAGUCACUUAUUAUAAGCAACAAGACUACUUCCUACUAAAGUUUAAGAUGACAUAUUAACCUCAAUAUUCUCUGUCUCCAACAAUAUUAACUUAUAAACGAAUGUGUACAGUAUAUUAACUUAGUAAUUUAUGUUUCAAAUAGUUAUCUAACUAAAAUAAUACGAAACAAUUUUUUUUAUUGUGAUAGUAAAGGAAAAGCUUUAUUUUUUCCACACUGAAAACUUUGGUUUGAGUAUGUUGAUAAAUGUUUCAUUUAAUUUCUCUACACUUCUUAAAAGAGUAGAGCCUUUGCCAUGUUAUGAAAUUACAAAAGUUUAUUUUGUGAUGUAAUAAUUAUUAUUCUACUCCAAGCGUGAAUUUUUUACCGUGAUAUGAAACAUUUUUCAAUGUUACCUUGAAAACCGGGCAACAAAUCGCAUCAAUGUUGCCCGGUUAUGAAUGCCGUUGUUAUGUGUACGUGACGUUGUAGAGAACUUUGCAGACAUUUUUUUUUUUGCAGCAUGCUGAUUCGUAUAAGCCUAAUUACAAAUAAUUGUUGUUGUAUUAACAAUAGUUGAUUAUUAUUAUUAUUCAAGUUAUUUUAAUAUUUUGUAUUCAUUUCUAACAAGCUCGCCUCCUCAUACGAAAGGAUGACACUUAACAUUUUAAAAACAUACUCUGUACUUGCUAGAUGGUGUCCAUCUUUAAAAUUAUCUUGUAUUACUAAGAAAAUAAUUAAAGAUUUGAAUGCCUCCCCUCUUGUUUAAAGAUCUUAUGGUUUCAAAGACUAAGAAGUUAAGUUAUUUGUUAAUAUUGUACGUUUUAUAGUUAUUGAUAGUUUUUAAUAAUUUUUUUAUGGGAUACUCAUUUUGAAAAAACGGACAUUAAAAGAAAAAAUUAGGUUUUAGCAGUUACAAGUUUAUCUGUGAACACCA